AGGUGUUGUUAUGGUAACUGUAGCACGCAAGCUAAAAGGCAGCCAGUUUAAAAAGCUAAUCACUUAGCCUAGCCUACUACUUUUCUUUCUUUUUUUUUUGUAUAUUUGUAUCUACAUGAGCUAAAUGGAGGGAUCGCAUACAGCGGGAAAUACAUAUCUCAUAAGACCGAAUUAUCAACACAAGUUCAAGCCAGCUGUUGUGAAGGAAUGCAUUCGAGACAUUCUGAGAGAACAACUGUCUGGUGUGGACUAUGAUCCCGAAGAGGUUCCACUUUUGUCUCGCAAUUUGGCAGACGGUAUCAAGGACAAACUAAAGAAGAUGGGCUUUGACCGAUACAAGCUUGUUGUGCAAGUGGUUAUUGGAGAGCAACGAGGAGAAGGAGUCAAAAUGGCUGCCAGGUGUUUCUGGGAUGCUGACACAGAUAACUAUGCUCAGGACAUUUUUAUGAAUGACAGCCUAUUCUGUGUGGCUGCUGCGUUUGGCAGCUAUUAUUACUGAGGACCUAAGAACAAAAUGACAUCACCAGAAGUUUGCUCUUUAAGCACUGCUCUGGGCUAUACGUCUGACCACUGACACUGGUAAUGUGACUGAACUUUAAAUGACGGUACAUUGACAGGGAUGUUGUCGUCUCAGACAUACGGAACUUGCCCUUUUGUAGGACGUGGUGUAGGCCUAUUUUAAGAACUUGAGCAAUGCGUUUUUGUGUAUAGUGUAGGAUAUUUUUGUCAGAAGGAUUUUGGUCAAAACAGUCAGAGAUGGAAUCUCUUUCAAAAUCAAGAUGACUCGAUGGUUUAUUCACCAAUGCAGCAGUUGAUACAGGAAUACAUAAAAAGCAUAAAGACAUCUAAAACCUAGCACAUUAUAUAGUGAAAAUGAAGAAAUCCCCCUCCCUCCAUAAUCCUAUUUCCCAAUAUUGCCCCAUAAUCUUCCCUAGUUUGUUCUCUUGUUCCCCAUGAUGCGUCAUGUGUACAAGCUGCCUAUCUCUAAUGUCCGCUCGACCCCAUCUAUGUUCCCUUUCCUCCUCUUUAGGAGGACACAGAAACUCCAAACGAGGAGCCUAGCUGUCCCAUCCUCUUCUCCUUCAGAACUCUGGCAACACCCCUAGUCUCCCCACUAUUCUGUGCAAACAGAAUGUGUUGUUUACAACUUGUGGCAUCUUUCUCUGAGAUGUUAACAUGCACAGGACACAAGUUGACAGAUGAUGCAACCCAGACCUCGGCCUUCUUCCCUGCUAGGAACUCCCCACAUAUUAGCCUAUGUGACCUUUAAUCAAUCCAUUUUUGGCCACAACAAUAACUAUAGACUGUAGUGGGCAGUUACAUCAUUGUCACAAGGAGAGCCGAGGCCUUGGGAGACUGCAGAGACAAGCAAAACUAUUUUAGAAGUUUAGAAGUUAGUCACAUUCAUUAUUCAUGUGCACUGAAAUCCUACAUGUCGCUUACAAUGUUCUCUGAGUACUUCAAAUGUCCUCUCUUAAGUUCCUGAUGGCGUUGCAACAGA